UCUACCCGCCCUCACCCCAGUUUUUCUCUCUCUCUCUCUCUCUGCUACUCCUCAGAACCCCCCCUCCGCCAAACACCUCUCCGUCGCUCCCUCCUCCCCUCCGCCAGCCAUGAUGGCCACCCUCACCGCCACCGCCGCCGCCGCCGUUGCCUCCUCCUCCGUCGCCUUCCGCCUGUUCCGCGCCCACAAGCCCUCCUGCGUGCCCCGCUGGGAUCCGGUGCUCCCUCACCGAGGGCCCCGCGAUCUCCCAGCCGAGGGCCGCCGGCGGGGGACUGGUUGAUUGCGUGGUGGUCGGGGGCGGGAUCAGCGGGCUCUGCAUCGCCCAGGCGCUCGCCACGAAGCACCGCAACAGGGCCCCCGAUGUGGUCGUCACCGAGGCCAGGGACCGCGUCGACGGCAACAUCACCACCGUCGAGAGGGACGGCUACCUGUGGGAGGAGGGCCCCAAUAGUUUCCAGCCAUUCCGAGAUUUGGUAAAUGGGUCAGGAUAGGGUGCUUUGCAAGUGUUUGAUGAAUGACCCAGUUCUCCAAUUUGCGAAUAGACGUGCAAUUUUGGACUUUUUUUAUGCUGUUGCGAAUAGCGGGGUGAGGCUCGAAUCGGCGUGAGUUCUUUCUUGGGUGUUCUUCCUUUUGUUUUUUCUGGGGGAAAGGAAGAAAAUGGAGAGGACAAAGCUAUCGUUGGAUAGAUGCUCAAGAACACUCAGACUUCACUUGCAGAAGAACAAGAACGCAAUCCCCAGUUGACAAAGCCUGUAACUGCUGAAAAGAUGGAAACAAGAAAAGCAGAGCUUGAGACUAACCUUGCAACUAAUCUCAAGAGGCAGAAGCAAGAGUAUGAGGCUAUUAUAUCCUCAUCAGAGAUUGAUUUGCAUGAAAAUGAAGCGGAAUCAAAGUGGCAGGAGCUAAAAGAUACUAAAUCAUUGGUCAUUGAUGCAACCCAGCGAUUAGAAGGUGGAAAUUUUGGAUUGAUCGGAAUAUUGUUGUCUUGAAGCUUUAGAUUUUGUUCGCGCUUUUGAUUGAAACAAAAAUUAUCAGGAAUUAAUAAAA